AUGCCCUAUGAGCCCCUUCCCUCACUCUUCCCGAUCACUCUCGAGGAGGCGGAGGAGGAGGAGGAGGUGGUCGCACCUCCUGCUAUGCCCUAUGUCCCUACCUUGGGGGGGAUGGAGGUGCCACCGUCUGUGGAGAUCACCGACGGGCAGCGCCUUGAGACUGAGCAGCUGCAGGACGAGAGCAGUAUGGAUGGAGUACAGCAGAGUGGGGGGCAGGAGACAGGGGAGCAGCAGACAGGGGAGCAGCAGAUUGGGGAGCAGCAGACAGGGGAGCAGCAGAUUGGGGAGCAGCAGACAGGGGAGCCGCAGACAGGGGAGCAGGAGAUGUGGGGAAUUAGAGAUGGUGGUCGUGUGUUGGUUUCUGGGACGACCACUGCACCACUGCGUCGCUCCACUCGCAUCACUCGUGGUGUCCCGCCUACUCUCUCGCUAUCGCUACGCUCUCUAAUAUAUUCCUUCACUGCCGCUCUCCCUCUGCCGCAUUCUCUCUCUCCCUCUGCCGCAUUCUCUCUCUCGCUCUGCCGCAUUCUCUCUCUCACUCUGCCGCAUUCUCUCUCGAACGAACGCUUGAUCUCUCUCGCUCUGCCACAUUCUCUCUCUUGUUGCCGCAUUAUCCCUCUCCCUCUGCCGCAUUCUCUCUCUCUCGCUCUGCCGCAUUAUCUCUCUCGCUCUGCCGCUUUCUCUCUCUUGCUCUCCCGCAUUCUCUCGCUCUCCCUUUCGGUUGCACUCUCUCUGUCUCUCCCGCCGUUUCUCUCUCUCUCUCCCCGCUUCGCUUGCUCUCUUUUUCUCUCUCCGCUUCCCUUGCUCUCUCUCUCUCUUUCUCCCUCUGUUGCUCUCCCUCUCUAUUUCUCCGCCUACCCCUCAUUCUAUCUCUCUCCCUUUCGGUCUUUCUCUCUCUGUCUCUCCCGCCGUUGCUCUCUCUCUCUCUCUCCCCGCUUCGCUUGCCCUCUUUCUCUCUCUCGCUCGCUGCCGCAUUCUCUCUCACGCCCUGCCGCAUUCCCUCUCUCGCCCUGCCGCAUUCCCUCUCUCGCCCCUGCCGCACUCUCUCUCUCAUGCCCUGCCGCACUCUCUCUCUCAUGCCCUGCCGCACUCUCUCUCUCAUGCCCUGCCGCACUCUCUCUCUCAUGCCCUGCCGCACUCUCUCUCUCAUGCCCUGCCGCAUUCUCACCUGCUGCAAUCUCUCUCUCGCUCCCUGCCGCUCUCGCGCUACCUCUCUCUGCCACUCUCACAUUCCCGCUUAUUGCCGCUCUAACUCUCCCUAAGCCCCACUUGCUCUGUGACACCCUUUUCCCCCAUCUCCAUGGCCAGUACACCGUAGGGGGUGCUGCCUGUUGGAGCAGCGGUGACACUCCGAACACUCCUCGUGGAGCGAAGGGCUGUUCUGUUCCCUGUGUCAUUCGUCAAGGUAUCUCAAAACAACACCCCCGCCCACCUCUCCUCAUUUCGUAUCUUGGCCCAUGCAUUCCCUCUCUGUCCCAUUCACUCUCACUCUGCCCCUCUCACUCCCUCUCUGCCCCAUUCACUCCCUCUCUGCCCUAUUCAUUCCUUUGCUGCCCCAUUCACUCCCUCUCUGCCCCAUUCACUCCCUCUCUGCCCUAUUCAUUCCUUUGCUGCCCCAUUCACUCCCUCUCUGCCCCAUUCACUCCCUCUCUGUCCCAUUCACUCUCACUCUGCCCCUCACACUCCCUCUCUGCCCCAUUCACCCCCUCUCUGCCCAUUCACUCCCUCUGUCCCAUUCACUCCCUCUCUGCCCCAUUCACUCCCUCUCUGCCCCAUUCACUCCCUCUCUGGCCCAUUCAAUUUUUCGCCACCCCCCCCCAUCCUCUCCCACUUUCUCCAACUGUUCCAUUUUCACCUCCUCAUGUGCUCUUUCCUCCUGCUGAAUGUCCCAAGAGCAGCAGGCUUACCCAACAGGGACCUGGCUUUUCAUUGCCCAGCCUCACUCUCACCCUCCUCAUCCCCUGCACACUCCCUGUUUCCCACUCCCCCCUCACUCCCACAGCCCCCCCUUCAAGCAGUGCCCAGGGAAGUUGGCCUGCCCCAACUGAGCCCUGGCAGGCAGCGUCACCCUGCCGGCGCAACAGACUGGCGUUCAGAGACCCUCUUCCUUUGCCUUCCUCUCUCCUGGUGCCUUUCGCUCUGCCCCUCUCCCUGCCCAGGGCAAUCGACCUGCCCCACUGGGACCCGUCAGCGUCUCCCUGA